AGGUCACACAAUCCUCUGUACGCUCCCGUUUUUUAUUCUCGAUCUUCCACUAAUUCGAGAUAUUUUCAAAAGAAAAACUUUUUAACGCUCACGCGCUUACCAUCGAAUAACUUUGCCGUAAAAAGCUGUUACGUAUAUAACACCGCAUAUUUAUGUGCUAACCCCACUCACACACUCACACAAAUUUGGAGCUUGGACCAUUAUAGUACUAUAUAUAUGCACAUGCAUUGGUUUCUGAAGUUGCCCUUUUGUACCCACUCGGAGGCUGCAGCAUUGAAGCCUGCAAACCCAGGAAUAGGAUCCUUUGCUCCUCUACGGAGGAUCCAAAGAUCGAGAUGGUGAUGGGGGAUUCCAAUGAAGCAAGAACAGAGACCGCCUGGAGCAAUCCUGAGAUGGGUAAAGAUAAAUAUAAGGUCACUGAUGAAGAUGAAUUUGACCCAAGUGAUCCUCCUCCUUUUAGGAUAAAUGAGAUUCGAGCUGCUAUUCCCGCGCACUGCUGGGUGAAGUCGCCGUGGCGGUCUCUGAGUUAUGUCGUUAGUGACGUUCUUGUUGUCUUUGGAUUAGCAGCGGUAGCAUUGUAUUUCAACAGUUGGGCUGUUUCGCCACUCUACUGGGUUGUUUGGCCACUCUACUGGGCUGCCCAAGGGACAAUGUUUUGGGCACUCUUUGUUCUUGGACAUGAUUGUGGCCAUGGAAGCUUUUCCAACAAUGCCAUGCUGAACAGUGUUGUUGGACAUGUCCUGCACUCGUCAAUUCUGGUUCCCUACCAUGGAUGGAGAAUCAGCCACAAAACUCAUCAUAAUAAUCAUGGGCAUGUUGAACGUGAUGAAUCGUGGGUACCGCUGUCUGAGAAGAUAUACAAGGCUUUGGAUGUCUCCACCAAAUUCCUACGAUUCAAAGUUCCAUUCCCCAUGUUUGCAUACCCUUUUUAUUUGUGGAAAAGGAGUCCAGGAAAGAAAGGUUCUCAUUUCAACCCUUACAGUGAUUUGUUCGCUCCCAGCGAGAGGAUAGAUGUGCUCACUUCAACUGUCUGUUGGUUUAUAAUGGUUGCCGUGCUUGUCUGCCUAUCCUUGGUCAUAGGGCCUGCCCAAAUGCUUGUGCUCUAUGGCCUUCCCUACUUGGUUUUUGUCAUGUGGUUGGACUUUGUUACUUACUUGCAUCACCAUGGGCAUGAGCAGAAGCUUCCUUGGUAUCGCGGCAAGGAAUGGAGCUUCUUAAGGGGAGGGCUAACCACCGUUGAUCGCGACUAUGGAAUGUUCAAUAGCAUCCACCAUGAUAUUGGAACCCAUGUUAUUCACCAUUUGUUUCCUCAGAUCCCGCAUUAUCACUUAGUAGAAGCGACAGCAGCAGCUAAGCCAGUUCUCGGAAAGUACUACAGAGAGCCGAAGAAAUCAGGGCCUAUUCCGUUGCACCUGUUGAAUUAUCUAGUUAGAAGCAUCAAACAAGAUCACUAUGUAAGCGACACUGGAGACGUGCUUUUCUAUCAGACCGAUGCUCAAUUGUACGGUUCCUCUCAAAAGAAGAUGGAGUGACGUCUCUUGGAGAGCGAGGACAAUACAGGAAAUAUAUCCUGUAUCUGUUACUAUUGACACCCAGCAAACAAUAUUGACCUUGAAUUUUUUUCAGAAAAGUGUCGAGAAUGUUGUGUUGGCUGAAGUACGGUCAUUCUGAAUGGGAACCCACACUCAACCAGAAUGAAUCCAAUAAGGCGAUACCGCAUUCCAACACUUUUCUAUAAAAGUUUUGUGUUAAUGCCUCACCCAAUAUGAUUGUAGCCUACUCCCUCAGUAAAGAGGUUUAAAGAUUGUAUUUGAUGAUACCUUGAUGGUUUUCAAAUUGUAUCUGAUUCUUCAAUAACUCUAUCCAAUACAGAGGAAGAACUGCAAUUUUGAUGUUCA